AUGAGUGACUCCGCCCGCCAGGUCGAUGAGCUUCUCAACUCCAUUGAUCUUACAGAUGUCGGGGGGAUUGGGGAUCAAGAAGCCUGUUCAGUCGUGCCAGAGUCUGACCAGGACAUUCCUGCUGCACCAAGCUUAGAUCAAGAGAUUCCGGACAACCAGCUGUUGUCAUUUCUUGAAGAUGAUGAGGUGUGGGACGGCCGAUCCCCUAGCGCCCCAGACCCUUCUUGUGCUGCUGAGAUUUCUGAAUCGGAGAGGGAGUGGUACUUGAUUGCGGGGUCGUUCGGGGCAGCCGCUGCGGAGUGUGCGCCUAGUGAGCCUUCACCACCGAUCUUGGAGCCAGAGCAAACUCUGGCGGUCCCGGCCCUGGACAGCAUCGCCGAGGACCAGUUGCAGCAGAGUGCCGUGGGGCAUAUCCAUAAGAGGCUCCGCUUGGAAGCCCCACUCCUCCCGUGGGAGACCCAACCGUUUGCUGCAAUCUUCGGGGGCGCAUCUUGGCAUGACACCUUGCAGCGCCGGAUCAAUUUGGAUCUAAUGCCUGGGGUAGGUAGUGCCGACGUCCUUAAGCCUGCCGUGCCUAAGGUUCCUGCCCCUAAGCCCCAGAUCGUAGCAGCGUCACUUGCGAACCGUCUUCACCGCUUCCGGCCGGAGGCUUCCGAUGAGGGUGUUCGCAAUCUUGCCUUGGCCAAGCUCAAGGUAUUGAUUACUAGUGACCCUCUUGCCAGUGAGCUGGGUAAGUCCUUGAUUGAUAAGCUGGGAGGUCUGGUGCAAGAGGCUGUGGUGGCUCAGUCCUUUGCAGAUGCUUUCCGUGCCAAGGCAUCAUCCACGCUCAAUGGGCAUGCCUGUGCGCUCACCCGGUUCAGCGCGUGGUGUGCUCGCCAGGCGGCAGAACCUCUUCGAGUUGAUGAGGAGCAGCUAUAUGCGUACUUGUGUGAAAUGCGGUCCUCCAACCGGGGGGCUACUUCAGGAAACAAGUUUUUGCAGUCGCUGACUUUCUUGGAGUACUCCGUUGGAUUGAUCUUCUUUUCAACUGAUGUGGCGGUAUCUGCGAGGGUUCGGGGCGUAGCUCGUGACAUGGCCCUCACCAAGGCUCCGCUGUCUCAGAGGCCCCCACUCACUGUGGAACAGGUUGCGGCACUUGAGGCCCUACUUGUUAACGACCUGAAUGAUACCGACGCCUGUGUGCUGGGCCAGAUACUCUUUGCUGUCCACUCUGCCGGCAGGUGGAGGGAUAUCCAGGGGUUGCAGUCCGUGGAGGUAUCCGAAGGUUCUGAGACCACCCUGUUGCUUGCAAAUGGCCUGAAGAGCAAGACCCUUGCCGUACGUCGCAAUCUCCACUGGCGACUUCUGUCUCCCUUCGUUCUCCUUGAGGCUGGGGCAGUGGAGCACGGCCCGCAUGGGGAGGGAUCGUUCAAUCCAGAUUUGCCACCGGCCCGCCGGGUGGAGCACCUCGCCGAGGCCAUCAUGGUAGGGAGCUCGCAGGCGUCCAACUUGGGGCAGCACGCCCCAGCCGGGGAGGAUAGUGCCUCCUCCGACGACUCUGACGCGGGGAUCCCAGAAGGUCACGGCGGGCGGCAGGCCGCAGACUUGGUUCGGGGGGCGUUCCCGGAUCAGUUCCUUCAGGACAUCGUGGUGCACAGGUUCUCGGGCAUAUCGCAUGUUGUUAAGGACUCCGGCAUGCUUUGGUGCCAUCGGCCUGUAAGUUCGAACUACACGCCACUGUCCGAAGCCGGCAUUGCUGCUGAGUUCCCUACUGCAUGCCAUCAGUGCUCGAGAGCCCUGGGCCUGGGGGACGACCCAAACGAUGCGCUACCUUUGGAGCCGGGACAGCGAGCGUUGGCAUGUCUCGACUCUUCUGCUUACUUCCUCGAGCGGCUCGCGAAGGUUGGCUUGUCAAAUGAGCUGAGGGACGCGCUGGCCCGAGCCGGGUACACGACCUUUGGGGCUCUUGCCUUUGCGGUCUCCUCGACCCCGGGUGCAGCUAGCGAUGAGGCCGUCUCCCGGUGGGCGCAGCACCUUGCAGAUCCGCUACCGAGUGAGCACCAAAUGUCAGUGUUGCGCCGCUUGCUCUUCGAAGCGCAGUCAAUGUCGAUUGCCGAGAUGCGUGACCGGGUAAAUCAGGCGCCAGGCGAGGCUCCCACUCGCAAGCUGCCAAUGAUAGAGCGGGCUGAAAGGCUCAAAGCCCUGCGUCGAAAGUUGCCUGGACUUAUCUUGACCCCGGACACUCUGCCAGCAAACCGCUUAGUGGAUAACUACGUUGACCAGCUUGAUUCGGGUGUGCUCAGCUACGUGAAGCCAGACGCGUGCAUCAGCCGAGCACAGGAGAUGGACUCCAACAAGAGGGAUCCGACCUUGCAGGUACAGGGAAAUGAGCUGAAGCUUGCCGCCAAGCAAGUGGAGCUGAGGUGCUCCAUCAGCACUGACAUGCAGUUGAGGCAAGCUUGGACUCGGAGGUCCCUGGCGAUGGAGCUUGCGCAGCUUGCCUCUUACACCGUGCUAGAAACCUGGGUUCAAAGCCUGUUCUCGAGGAUGCAGCGGGAGCCUCCUGCGGGGUAUCACUCAGUCUCGCUCUCUCAGGUUAUGGCUGCAGACCGGGAGCUGUUUCAGCUGUUGUCGCACAACCUUAUGGGGCAGAUCCAAGCGUCGGCUGGCGCUGCUCGACCCCUCGAUCUUGAGAUCGAAAGCUUAAGCAAGAGCACUGACGUGCUUGUGCACUUGCUGCCGCUUGUGAAGCCUCCUCCGAUGCCUCACCCGACAAAGCGACCUCACCCCGAUCCUAAGCUCCCGCUUAAGACUCCGAAGGGGAAAGGCAAAGGUAAGGCCACUGAUCAAAACCAGGACGAUGGGAAGGCGCCUAAGUACACAUUGCCCGAUGGAUGUGUUCCCAAGAGCGAGGGGGCCGCGUCUCCCAAUCCAAUUUUGGCUGAGGGCCUCAGUGGCCCCGAACCACAGGAUGCCGAGAGCUUCGCUCUGAACCUCCUGGCGAAGGCCGAGAUCCCUGCAUCUUCUGUGGCUCAAUUGUCAUUCCUUUUGCCAUGCGAUUCCAGUGUUCGGCCGUCAAGCGGCCCCAAUGCCUUCCUUUUCAGCUGUGGUGCUUAUGUCCACGGGGGUGUCACGGGUACUUUUGCUAAUACUCGAACCCUGCCUGCAUGCACCCAGCUCCUUGCGCGUUUUGCAAAGCAGUUCGUCGGGGACUCUUUUCCAUUUACAUCCCUUGUGCUCCUUCGGGACAACCUCACUCACAUGCAUCGUGAUCGUAAUAAUACCGGCCUUAGCGCGUUGAUCCGAUGUUCAGAUUUUGAGGGUGGAGGUCUAUGGGUUGCCGACCCCAAGGGCUCCUCGCCCAUGCAGUUCGAAGGCAAGGUGCAUCAGGGCUCCACUCGGGAGCUUGACCGCUGCCUGUACUUUGAUCCGCGUCUUUUGCAUUGCACCUUACCAUGGUCCGAGGGUCCUCGAAUUGUCCUUGCAGCCUACUCGGUUCGAGAUGCUUGUAAACUCCCACAGGCCGAUGCUGACUUGCUGCUCAAGCUUGGAUUCGUUCGGGGCCCGGGCAAAGUUGAAGUGCCCUCGACUGUGGACUUGCAGCCCAAUACCCAGGUUUCCCCUAGUGGUUUAGGCCCUGCUUGCAGUCUCCCUUUGGGUGUUGGCGAGCCAACUUCACCGAGCCCAGCAAAGCUGGAUCCGCCUGCCAAGCGACCCUUGUUCAUCGAGCUCUUCGCUGGAUCCGCAGGACUGUCUCGGGCCAUGCUCGACUUUGGGUUCGAAGUCGUUACCUUUGAUCAUUACGUCAACCACCCUAAGGCCCCGGUCUGUAAACUGGAUUUGGCCACUGCCUCUGGUCAAUCGGUUGUCUGGGAUCUUCUUCAUGCCCGAGUGCCCUUCGCUGUACAUCUCACGCCUCCGAUUCUUGCUGGCCAUGAGGCCCUUUUGGUGUUCUGUUGUGACAUCGUCGGCUGGUGCACCCAACAUGAUGUCGUCGUGUCCCUUGAACAGCCUGACCGAAGUGAAAGCUGGGCCCUGCUCACGUCGAUGGCCCGAUCGCGUCUCCCCGCCGCGGGCCUGUCCAAAUGGGUCUUAGAGCUCAAGAGGAAAUUGGCGAUUGCUAAGGCUGAAAUUCUUGUCAAGAAGCUUAACUGCUCUGAGAAGGCUAGGCACAAUGCCCUACCGGAUCAUAUGAAGAAGGUGCUUGAAAGCAAGAAUCUUUCUCUCUUCGAGGCGCUCCUCAAGGAACAUGCGUACUGGGACAUGGGGGUAGUCCAGCUCAUGGAACAGGGAGUGGACCUUGUUGGGUUUCAGGACACCCCUUCUUGCUAUCCUCAAAAGAUUGCUCCUGCUACCAUGUCGAGGGACGAGUUCCUUGACUCCGCUGAAUGGAGGCGGCGGGCUCUCACAACGCCCGGCGCCAGGGCUCCGGAUGCAGGGCAGCUCGCCCACCUUGAGCAGACAUGCAAGGAAGAGGUAGACCUUGGGUUCAUGCUGGGACCCUACACGGAGGAUCAAGUGUCCCGGCUGUUCGGCCACACUCGCUGGUCGUGCAUCCGGCGGUUCGUCUUGGAGCAGAAGCCAGGGAAACUUCGGCCCAUUGAUGAUGCAAAGGAAGCGCUCGUGAACAGCGCCAGCACCUCAACGAUGCGACUCGAGCUCGAGGACGCCGACUACCUGUCUGCUAUGGCUCUCGAGGUUGCCCGACGCAUCCUGGCUGACCCUUCCAAACCCGGUGCGGUGCCAUGGGUAGCCAGGUGUCUUGACUUGACUAAAGCCUACAAACAGAUGUGUGUUUCGGAGCGUGACCUGCCGGUCUCGGUGGUCUUCUUUCUUGAUGGACAGGGUAAGCCCAGGUACUACGUGAGCCACUCGCUGUUAUUCGGGUGCACAUCGUCAGUAUUUGCAUUCAACAGGGUGUCCAAAGCAAUCUCCUUCCUGUUGAACCAAAUGUUGCUUGUGCCAAGCUCCGUGUUCUACGACGACUUUCCUCUUCUGUCACCGAACAACACAAGUGACAGCGCAACGUGGGCCACAACCGCACUGCUUGAUCUUCUGGGCUGGGGUCACGCCCGCGUGGGCAAGGACGCUAAAGGCGUUCCAUUUGCGGCAAGCUUCGAGGUCCUUGGGAUGUCGAUGCAACUUGAUGGUGUUCACCGUGGACGCCUGACCCUUCAGAACAAAGCCGGACGUAUCGAGCAGCUCGUGGCCUUGUUUCAGGGAUUUCUUGACAGGGGUGCCAUCACGGUGCACGAGGCACAAGUCGCCCACGGACUCUUGAAUUUCUCUGCAGGCUAUGUGAAUGGUCGGGCCUUACGCUUAACAUGCCAGGAGCUCCUUCGCUUGACAAAGGCUUCGAGCCCCGCCUCUUCGAAGGCGAUCCGCAGCUUCUGCAUCAACAGCAUUGAGGCCCUCCGUGCACUUAGCCCACGCGUGCUCAGUGUGUGGGACAGCCGAGCCCCAAUACACAUCUUCACAGACGGUGCGUGGGAGCGGCGCCGAGCCGGAAUCGGUGCCGUCAUCUUUGACACAGCUUCCGGCAAGUCGUGGACUUAUGAGGGUCUCGUCCCAGAGCCGCUCAUCCUCCGAUGGGAGGCCGAGGUCGGGACUCAGCUCAUUUGCCAGAUCGAGUUGUACGCAGUGGUAUGCCUGAGGUGGGCCCUGGCUUCCACCUUUGACCACAGGCGCUUGAUUUGGUGGAUCGAUAACGAAUCGGCACGCUAUGGUCUGAUCAAAGGCAUUUCGGAUAGUCCUUCGAUGUCAUCCUUGAUUCAGUCUUUUGCGAUUGCAGACUCCAAGGCACCUUCGUACAGUUGGUACGAGAGGGUCCCAUCCUUCUCUAACAUCGCAGAUGGCCCGAGCAGGGGUGAUUCAUCAGAGGCCCUGGCCGUCUGCACCGACAAGGUGGGAAACGACUACCCGCUUGACCAAAGCCUCACCCGGAGGCUCUUGUCAUCUUGA